GUGGGACUUGAUAUACCAACAGUUGAAGUUCGGUUUGAAAAUUUAAACGUGGAGGCACAAGUUUAUGUUGGAGCCAGAGCAUUGCCUUCAUUAUUCAAAUUUUUUGCUAACGUGCUAGAGGGGUUCUUAUAUUAUCUUCAUAUAAUUCGGAGUCCCAAGAAUCAGUUACAUGUCCUUCAGAAUAUUAGUGGAAUCAUAAAGCCUCAAAGGAUGACAUUGCUUUUGGGGCCACCAGGCUCAGGAAAGACUACUUUGCUGUUGGCGUUAGCUGGAAAACUUGGGAAAGAUUUGAAACAUUCUGGGAGAGUAACAUACAAUGGUCAUGAGCUGGACGAGUUUGUGCCACAAAGGACAUCAGCUUAUAUAAGUCAACAUGAUAAUCACAUUGGAGAAAUGACUGUCCGAGAAACGCUAGCUUUCUCAGCAAGAUGUCAAGGAGUUGGACAGAACUAUGAGUUGUUGACUGAACUACUAAGAAGAGAGAAGGAAGCAAAGAUUAAACCAGAUGCUGAUGUUGAUGCCUCUAUGAAGGCAGCUGUACUAGAAGGACAACAGACAAGUGUGGUCACUGACUAUAUUCUUAAGAUUUUGGGGCUUGAAGUGUGUGCUGACAUUAUGGUAGGUGAUGGAAUGAUAAGAGGCAUCUCAGGAGGGCAGAAAAAACGAGUCACAACAGGGGAGAUGCUAGUUGGACCUGUAAGGGUGUUUUUCAUGGAUGAGAUAUCAACUGGUUUGGACAGCUCCACUACUUUUCAAAUAAUCAACUCAAUCCGGCAAUCCAUCCAUAUUCUAAAUGGAACCGCACUUGUGUCCUUACUACAGCCAGCACCAGAAACUUAUGAACUGUUUGAUGAUAUAAUAGUUCUAACAGAUGGGCAUAUUGUGUACCAAGGACCAAGAGAAAAUGUGCUUGAGUUUUUUGAAUCAAUGGGUUUCAAGUGUCCUGAGAGAAAAGGAGUUGCUGACUUCUUACAAGAAGUGACAUCAAGAAAAGAUCAAUGGCAAUAUUGGGCAUAUAAGGAUGAACCUUAUAGAUUUGUUACAGUCAAGGAUUUUUCUGAAGCAUUCCAGUCAUUUGACGUUGGUCAGAAACUUCGAGAAGAGUUGGCCAAUCCUUUUGACAAGUCUAAAUGCCAUCCAAAUGCCUUGACGAAAAAGAAGUAUGGUGUUAACUCAAAGGAACUGCUGAGUGUUUGUGCUAGCAGAGAAUUUUUGCUUAUGAAGCGAAAUUCCAUUGUUUACAUAUUCAAAGUCACCCAACUUAUUUUUUUAGCUGUCAUGGCAUCAACAUUAUUUAUACGAACUAAGAUGCAUCGAGAUACCGUGGAGGAUGGAGGAGCUUACAUGGGUGCUCUGUUCUUCACAGUUAGUGUAGCAAUGUUCAAUGGAAUAUUAGAGCUACAUAUGACCAUCUUGAAACUUCCUGUCUUUUACAAGCAAAGGGACCUUCUUUUCUAUCCUUCAUGGGCUUAUUCUCUUCCACCAUGGAUCCUCAAAAUACCAAUAACCCUCUUAGAAGUUGCCAUCUGGGAAGGCAUCUCUUACUAUGCCAUUGGCUAUGAUCCAAUUUUUGCUAGGCUUUUAAAACAAUACUUGAUAAUUCUAUGCAUUAAUGUGAUGGCUUCUGCAUUAUUUCGAUUGAUAGCAGCAUUAGGAAGGGAUGUUGUAGUCGCAAACACUAUUGGGUCCUUUACGUUACUAGUAGUUCUGGUUUUGGGAGGAUUUGUGAUUUCACGAGACGAUGUGCACAAAUGGCUUAUAUGGGGUUACUGGUCCUCACCAUUGAUGUAUGGACAGAAUGCUAUAGUUGUCAAUGAAUUUCUCGGGCAUAGUUGGACAAAGGUUAUUCCUAAUUCCAAUGAGACAUUGGGAGUUUUGAUAUUGAAAACGCGUGGGUUUUUCACAGAAGCUUAUUGGUAUUGGAUUGGUGUAGGAGGAUUGAUUGGUUAUAUUUUUCUAUUUAAUUUCCUCUUCAUCUUGGCUUUGCGAUAUCUCAGUCCACUCCGAACGGAUCAAGCAGGGCUAUCCAAAGAGAAAUUGCUCGAGAGAAAUGCUUCAACAGCUGAGGAGUUCAUUGAGUUACCAACACGAAAGAGUUCUUCUGAAACAAAGAUGGUAGAAGAAGCAAGUAUAUCAUCCAGGUCGUUUUCUGGAAGAGUCAAUGAUGUUAAUGCGAGAAGUGGAAGGAGGGGCAUGGUUCUUCCUUUUAAACCCCUCUCUCUCACUUUUGAUGAGAUAUCAUAUUCCGUAGACAUGCCGCAGGAAAUGAAAAAUCAAGGAGUUUUCGAGGACCGUCUUAAACUUUUGAAGGGUGUCAGUGGAGCCUUUAGGCCUGGAGUACUAACAGCUCUAAUGGGUGUAAGUGGUGCUGGCAAGACUACUCUGAUGGAUGUUUUAGCUGGAAGGAAAACUGGUGGAUAUAUUGAAGGAGCCAUCAAGAUAUCUGGGUACCCAAAGAAUCAACAAACAUUUGCUCGCAUAGCAGGUUAUUGUGAACAAUUUGAUAUCCACUCACCUAAUGUUACAGUUUAUGAAUCUUUGCUAUAUUCUGCCUGGCUUCGAUUACCACGUGAAGUGGAUACUGCAACUAGAAAGAUGUUCAUUGAGGAAGUUAUGGAGCUUGUGGAGCUUAAUUCAUUAAGGGAAGCACUUGUUGGAUUGCCGGGUGAGACUGGACUUUCAACUGAGCAGCGCAAGAGACUUACAAUUGCAGUUGAACUUGUAGCCAAUCCAUCAAUAAUAUUCAUGGAUGAGCCAACCUCUGGUCUUGAUGCUAGAGCAGCUGCAAUUGUAAUGAGAACUGUGAGGAACACCGUGGACACAGGACGGACUGUGGUUUGCACCAUCCACCAGCCAAGUAUUGAUAUAUUUGAUGCAUUUGAUGAGCUGCUACUUCUAAAAUUGGGAGGGGAGCAAAUAUAUGCUGGUCCAUUAGGCCGCCAGUGUUCCCAACUGAUUCAGUUCUUUGAGGCUAUUCAUGGAGUUCCCAAGAUUAGAGACGGUUAUAAUCCUGCAACCUGGAUGUUGGAAGUUACAUCAGCAGGGACUGAAGCUAGUCUUAAGGUCAAUUUCACCGAUGUUUACAAAAACUCAGAACUACACCGGAGAAAUAAACAACUGAUCCAGGAGCUCAGUACACCUCCUCAAGGUUCAAAGGAUCUACACUUUGAUACUCAGUAUUCACAGACUUGGGUGGCACAAUUUAAAGCUUGCAUAUGGAAACAACAUUUAUCUUAUUGGCGGAACACAUCAUAUACUGCAGUUAGACUCCUAUUUACAACACUGAUAGCUUUAUUGUUUGGGCUCCUAUUUUGGCAGAUUGGUUCCAAAAGGGGAAAGGAGCAAGAUCUUUUCAAUGCACUGGGUUCAAUGUAUGCUGCAGUUAACUUCAUUGGAGUUCAAAAUAGUGCCUCAGUGCAGCCAAUCAUAUCAGUUGAGAGAACAGUAUUCUACAGAGAAAGAGCUGCUGGAAUGUAUUCAGCUUUGCCAUAUGCUUUUGCACAGGUAUAG